AUGUCCAUUACUGAUAUUAAGAGAGCACUUAUUGUAGUUGAUGUACAGAAUGAAACUAUUGAUGCUUCAAAGUCUGCUGGUAUUCCUGUUGUGGCCGUCCAACAUUUCUUCCCAAGUACCUUCCCAGUGUUUGCCCCCGAUACACAUGGAGUUGAACUACAUCCUGUUGUUACCUCACGUGGCUACGACCAUCUUGUAAAGAAGGGCAAGGCCAGCAGCUUCGUUGACACCGACCUCAAGGAGUACCUUCUGUCCAAGGGUGUCAACACAAUCACCAUCGUUGGAUACAUGACACAUAACUGCAACACGGCCACUGCUCUACAAGCUGCCCAUGAAGGUCUGUUCAAUGUUGAGUUCAUCUCUGAUGCCUCUGGUUCAUUGCCAUACUCCAACUCUGCUGGAUCUGCCACCGCUGAGGAGAUCCACCGUGCCUUCACCGUUGUCCUACACUCUGCCUUUGCUGCCGUCAUCACCACCGACCAAUGGUUGUCCCUUGUCAGCUCCAAGCAAGCUGCCAAACCAGGAAACAUCGUCGAGUCAUACAUGCAAGGAAUGGCAUUAGCAUCCGGUUCAAGGAAGUAA